UAAUAUUUAAUUCAUAAUAUCUCAUUAUAUAAUAUUUACACUACCGUUCAAAAGUUUGGGGUCACCCAAACAAUUUUGUGACCCCAAACAUUUGAACGGUAGUGUGUAUAUAUAGAUAUAGAUAUAUAUUAAUCGCUAGAAUAAUCCAUUUUGAAAUAUGGGAAAGUGACAAAAAAGUGAAAAAAUGUUUUUUAUUAGUACUAUAUACUUAGUGUUGUCACCAUUAUCUUAAUUACCGUCACAAUUUCUAUUAAUUUUAACCUCAGUUUAUGUGACUUGUAUGUCGUGUGGACACUUUUUCCAUCUAGCUGUUCACAUUUUGACAUCACGAGACAAAGAUGAGUCCUGAAGUGGAAAUUCCCAUUUUCUGACUUUGGGGAUUCUCACUUUAAAGUCAGAAUCCUGUCAUCCCCCCCCCCCCCUUUUUUUUUUUUCUUCACUGACCCUAAUCCUCUUCCAUAUAUUUAGGUUAACUCUAAUGGCUAAUAUUUUUUGUGUAGUGUAUUUUCACCAAAACUGUCAUUGCAAGCUUAUAAACGGCGUGCAAGGCGUGUAUGACGCAGGAAAGGAGGCGGGCGGGGUGGGGAAUAGUGAGAAAGUUCAAUGGGCGUUUAGGGGAAUAGUGAGAGAGUUCAAUGGGCGUCAACGCUCCAGUUUUUUAUGCUCAUCUGUUGUUGCUCAAAUAAACACUUCCCAUUUGAUCAGCAUGCUUGCCUAUCUUAUUUACACCGCGUUGGCAGGCUUGGCCAUCGCUCCGUUGCUGCUGUACUGGCGAAAUCCGUACUUGUUGCAUGAUCUUCGUUAUUCAAUCACUGGCAUUCAGAUCGCCAGACAGCUCAGCAGAUUUUCGACUAAAAAACACUUUUACAGCAUCCUUGACUGUUUUCUGGACAGGGUGUCCAAACAGCCUAACAAAAAGUUUCUAGUGUUCGAAGAGAGUAGCUACACGUACAGGCAAGCCGACCAGGAGAGCAACCGUGUGGCUGCAGCCCUGUCAAGCCUGCUCAAGCCUGGGGACACCGCGGCCGUGUUUGUUGGCAAUGAGCCGAUUUUUGUGUGGCUAUGGCUCGGCCUCGCCAAGCUGGGAUGUGUCGCUGCUCUGCUCAACUACAACAUCCGAUCCAAAUCUUUGCUGCACUGCUUCUCGUGUUGUGACGCCAAAGUUCUGCUCGCUGCGGCUGAACUACGAGAGGCCGUCGAGGAGGUGCUGCCUAGCCUGAAGCAGCUGGGUGUCCGUGUGUUCAUCCUCGACGAAGGCACUGAGUCAGAGGGCAUCGAAUGUCUCUCGGACAAGAUUCGCCAGGCCUCCGACCAACCUGUGUCACCACAGCUAAGGGCUGACAUUAACAUGAAGAGCCCUGCCCUCUAUAUUUACACCUCAGGAACCACAGGGCUUCCCAAAGCAGCGAUCAUUAACCACGAGAGGGUAUGGUUGGCAAGUUUUCUUCAGUCGGUUGCUGGCGUACGUUCGGAUGAUAUCAUCUACAUCUACCUGCCUCUCUACCACAGUUCUGGUUUUCUUAUGGGAUUGUGUGGAGCCAUAGAAAAAGGUAUUACUGUUGUAUUAAAACGUAAGUUCUCUGCAUCAAGUUUUUGGAACGACUGCAGGAGGUACAAUAUUACGGUUAUUCAGUACAUCGGCGAGAUUAUGCGAUACCUCUGCAACACACCACAGAAAGACAAUGACAAAGAUCAUAAAGUCAGAGUGGCUUUGGGAAACGGGAUGCGACCGGAUACCUGGGCUGAGUUUCUGCAACGGUUUGGCAAUGUUUGCAUCUGCGAGUGCUAUGGAGCCACGGAAGGAAAUGUUGGCUUUGUCAACUAUGUCGGGAAAAUUGGAGCGAUUGGCAAAGAGCAUUUCCUCCACAAAAUGGGGUGCCCCUAUGCCCUCAUACGGUACGACACGGAGAAAGAAGAGCCAGUCAGAGACUCCAGAGGAUUUUGCAUUGAAGUACCCAGAGGAGAGACUGGUCUGUUGGUGUCCAAGAUUGCCGCGAGAACCCCCUUCUCAGGCUACGCCAAGAACAAGCAGCAGACUGAGAAGAAGAAACUGAGGGACGUGUUUGUGAAGGGAGACAGCUACUUUAACAGCGGUGAUCUUCUCAAGAUAGACCACGAGGGUUUUGUCUUCUUUCAAGACCGCAUCGGAGACACUUUCAGAUGGAAAGGAGAAAACGUGGCAACCACAGAGAUAGCCGAUCAUUUGCUCAUGGUGGACUGCAUUGAAGAGGUUAAUGUCUAUGGGGUAAAGGUGCCAGGACACGAGGGAAGAAUUGGAAUGGCUGCGCUGACCCUGAAAGAAAACAUGGACUUUGACGGGAAAGCUGUGUAUCAGUAUGUCAAAAGCUACCUUCCGAGCUACGCAAGACCACGCUUUAUUCGCAUUCAGAACGCACUGCAGGUGACCGGGACAUUCAAACAAAUGAAAGUGAAGCUGGCCGAGGAGGGCUUCAACCCUGACGUCAUCAAGGAUCGUUUGCUUUUCCUGGAGGACAAUCAAGGCUACGUCCCCAUGACUCAGGAGAUCUUCAACUCCAUAGCAGAGGGAAGAAUCAAACUGUGAAUCACUUUAUACUCCACUACUCAAACAACUGUGAAAUCCAUAGAAUAAGCCAUAAAGUGAUUAGGAAUCUUUUACAUUGCAAAGAACACAAGGCCAAUGUAUUUUUUCUUCUAUGAAUGUUUUCAAAUGGAAUGCCUUGUUUUUGAUAAAACUCUCAAAACAAAAUUGAUACCCAGUUUGAUAUUCCUUGACUUGACAAUCUCAAACAUUGUACGUCAAAAACCUCCUGAAAAAAUACUUGCCUGUCCCAAGUAUCACCACUGACCAGAGCAGAAGUUUUAUUCCUAAAAAGUACAUUUCAUGUCAUUGUAAGCCACUGUAACAUUUUGAACAUUAACAUUGGCAAUGAUUCAAUUAAAAUGCAUUGCAUGUAAAUUUAAAACCCCUUCAAAGAGAAUUCAGCAAUGUUUCUAAA